CUCGCAGUGUCACAGCUGCAGCUCAUCGCGAGACUAUCAUCCAGUCCUUCGCCUGAAUCCAGCUGGUACCCUUCCUGCCGUUGACGGCAACAAAGCAGCCCGUGUAACAGUUUGUUGCAGUUGUGCCCCCACCUCCUCUCCUCCCGAGGCAUCAUGGGAAACAUCUUUGGGAACCUGUUGAAGAGCCUGAUAGGCAAGAAGGAGAUGAGGAUUCUCAUGGUGGGGCUGGACGCUGCAGGGAAAACCACCAUCCUGUACAAGUUGAAGCUGGGGGAGAUCGUCACUACCAUCCCCACAAUUGGUUUCAAUGUAGAGACAGUGGAAUACAAGAACAUCAGCUUCACUGUGUGGGACGUGGGUGGCCAGGACAAGAUCCGUCCUCUUUGGAGACACUACUUCCAGAACACCCAGGGUUUGAUCUUUGUGGUGGACAGCAAUGACCGCGAGCGGGUCAACGAAGCUCGAGAGGAGCUGAUGCGUAUGCUGGCUGAAGACGAGCUGAGGGAUGCUGUUCUUCUAGUCUUUGCCAACAAACAGGACCUGCCCAACGCCAUGAACGCCGCAGAGAUCACAGACAAGCUGGGCCUGCACUCCUUACGUCACCGCAACUGGUACAUUCAAGCCACCUGUGCCACCAGUGGGGACGGCCUGUACGAGGGUCUGGACUGGCUGGCCAAUCAGCUGAAGAACAAAAAGUGAAGGGCCGGGUCAGUGAAGUGGGGAAGAGCCUGGGUGCCAGCUCCAGGUUGUGGUUAUAGGGGUUCCAUUGUGUUUACAUAGAGAAGAAAAAUGCUGAAAAGCUCCCAGGGGGUGACUCUCAGUGGCUUUCUCCCCUCCCCCCAUCUCCCCCCCACCAUCCACCCUCGAAAUACUUCUUUAUUUUUUUUCCGUUCUUUGAUUAAUUUGAUUUGUUUGAAUCUGUGGUGAGCAUUUUUAAUCAUUUACAAGCAAACUUUAUCUAAGUUAUUUACAAUCUAUAAACAAAUAAAUAUGUACUGUAUAAUAUUACUGUAAAGGUAUAUGAAUUUGCUCUACUUUGCAGACCUCCACCAACAUUUAAUUAGCUCAGCAAUUGUGAUGGAUCUCAAAUCGUGACGGCAGAGCAGCCUUCCCUCAGAAACUACAGACCUGGUGUAAAUUAUAAAGAAUGUCAUAAUAUUAUAGUGGGAGUACUAUUACUAUUAUACUCGUACAGAUAAAUGUAAUAUAACUGUCCAUACUGCAACCAAAUUAUGCUCUUCAUAGUUCAAAACUUUUAGCUAUGAUUUCGUUUUAUUUAUGUUGAAUUAAACAAAACGUGUCUACUUUCUGGACAGUCGGAAACAAUAUAUUUAAUAUUGAUAUUUAUUGAUUUUUUUGCGUCAUAUAGUUUCUUUUUCUUUAUUCUAAUGUGCAUUUACUGCUAAAGGCAGCUAGUUAAAAACAGAAAAAGAAAAGAAACCCCAGUAUCAUUGUACAUUACUGCUUCCCAAUCUGCAUGGAGAUAUCCCAGUACUGGCUCGUGGGCUUGUAACAGGCCGCUGCUGUAAAUAAAGAUUUGUUCUAGCUGAGUUGCCUGGCACAGACGGGGUUAAAACAGUUUGUCUGGCAUCGGCGAGGUGUGAUAUCUAAAGUGAUACAGAUGACAAACAGGCACUCUGUACCAGCUCUGUGGCUCAGAAACAAAAUGCUGCUAUUGGCCUGCCCUGUGGAGAGUGAUGCAACACAGCAUGCGACUGGCAAUAUUAAGAGAGCUUACAUAGUUUUGAAUGUUUAUUUUUGUUUUUUCGAUCCGUUUGUGCAGCAUCGCUGAUUUAUCCACCGUCAAUCGGCAUGACAUCAUGUGCGUCUCACUUUUUCGUGUUGCACAAAAUUACUCUAGACUCACUGUUAUUGUAUAGAAGGUGUUGUCUGUUUUUUUUUAAUGGAGUGUUUCUUUAUUUUGUUGAGUUAUUUUUUCCUUAAUUAGCUAAUUAGAUCAGACUGUUGCAUUUUUUGUUUUGGGUUUAUUUUGGGGAGUUUUUUUCACACACAAAAAAAUAAAAUAAGGAGAGAAGAUGAUAGUAAUACUGCAUCGUAAGGCAUGUUAAUACUGUACAAGAUCUGUAAUAAAAGCGAAUUAUAAUAGCCUGUUUCCUCAGACUAUAUUUGUUAGUCUUAAUCACUGCUGCUGGUUGGAACAAUGCUGUACUAAUAAAUGUUAUGGAUUUAGUGUAAAGUUUACCGAACAACCUUCUAAUAUGCAAAAGCAUGCUUUUCUAUGUUGGCGCAACUGUAUAUAUGUCGAUGUAACCGGGAAAGUGGAACCGUGGUUUUCGAGGUGAAACCAAAAGCGCUGUUGAUACACCUGUAGAUAACGGGGUCAGCGUGUCGGCAGAUAACUGACAGCAGCUUGUGUGUGCGUGUGUGACGUGCAUUAUAUUCUGUUCGGUUUGGUGUGAAAAUUGUUUUCGUGGCCUUAUUUAGCCAGUGGUUUCAUUUCUCUUUGAUAACAGGUUUAUAUGUAAGAAAUAUCUAGCAUUCAAGUAUCUCACCUUUGAUCUGUGACACCGAUGCACUAGCAGUUCUGAUGUGGCUAAACAUCCCUCCCUCUUUCAGCGUCUAUUUUCUGAUUUUAACUUUCAAAUAAAGAAAAAUAUUAAAUGAGGCUGCACGACAUUCCAGCUGGCGAUUUGCUCUGAGAAAAAAACCGAGUAUAAUAUGAAGAGGAGGAAAUUUAAGACAGAAAAACCCAAGCAGGUGCAAAAGUGUUGAAUGAUUGAAUUAUUCCUGACACUGCAUCAAUCAAUAAAGAUACCAGAGUAUACAUUU